AUGGACACACUCCCACAAUCCAUGAAAGCGGUCGUCAUUGGCAAGCAUGGCGACUCAUCUGUCCUUCGCCUUGAGACUCGACAUCCUCUCCCAGUGAUGAAUGAGACGGACGUCCUGGUGAAAGUUGAUUACGCCGGGGUAAACUUCGUCGAUACAUACCAGCGUAGCGGCCUGUACCCAGUGAAGUUGCCCCUCCAGGUCGGCCGUGAAGGCGCCGGUACCAUCGUCGAUAUUGGUUCCAAUGUCCCUCACUCAUAUGGCCUUCAGGUCGGGAACCGGGUGGCAGUCUUCACUCAAGGUACCACAGCAGAGUACGUCUCUGCACCAGCAGAGAGCGUCAUGGUCUUAUCGCCAUCGGUAUCGACGGAACAUGGCGCUGCGAUCAUGCUCCAGGGCCUGACAGCUUGGACGAUCGUCCAAGAUGCCCAUAAGGUUGAGCAGGGGCAAACAAUUCUUGUCCAAGCGGCGGCUGGAGGUACAGGUGGUAUGCUCGUACAAAUGUGCAAGCACCUCGGUGCAACUGUGAUCGGCACAGUAUCGACACCAAAAAAAGCCGAGAUUGCGAAGAAGCACGGAUGCGACCACGUUAUUCUCUACAAGGACAAUGAUGUGCAAGAGGAGUGGGGUUGGAGAGGCUACCUUUCCCGAAGACCUAGCCUGCACGAGGAGAAGGGCACUUUGGUCUCGUAUGGCAACAGCAGUGGCGCCGUGUCUAGUUUCCGAGUCUUGGAUUUGAGCAAGAAAAAUGUCAAACUUGUGCGGCCAACACUGGCAAACUAUAUCAUGGACAGGGAUGAGUUUGUCCUCCGAUCGCAGCAGCUGCUUGACUUGGUGGCGUCCGGAGUCGUGCGGCCAGAGUUGGGUGGUGAAUAUCACUUGGGGGAGGUGGCGCAGGCCCAGGAUGACCUUACAGCUCAGAAGACCACUGGAAAACUGCUGAUCAAGAUACAAACUUAA